AUGGCUCCCAAGAAAUCCAAAGUUAAGAAACCAAAAGUGAAGAGAAGCAUCACCCAGCCUGCGAAAAGCAUAAUCGAGCGAACCAUUUGCUCGCACCCUAUGUUGAAGCGCGUCCAGAAGGAGGUGCGCGAGCUGAAGAAGAAAUCGACGAAAAACGCGUACGACGGCACUUCAAAACAAGUACACGUACCUAAACGCGGUAAAAAGAAGUAUCAACACUUCCUCUACCCCGUUAAUUAUCUUAAUCAACGAAAGUCGCCUUCGGCUCCACUCGUAAGUAAAGAAAUAGAAACCGAUUUUAAUCGUCGUCGUUUUUUUUCCGGAGGUCGUGAAAAGUUCCCGAAGUCGCGGAAGUUGAGGUAUACAACUUUUUUCAUUCCUCACUUUCUUCAGUCCCACAAAUUUCUAAACUUCACCUGUGUGGAGAUGAAAGUCGUAAGCUUGUUCUCCGGCAUAGGUGGCCUCGACCUUGGUUUAGAACAGGCUGGUCACGAAGUGAUUUUGCAAGUAGAGAACGAUCCUCACUGCUUGCAGGUGUUACAGCGCCACUUUCCCGGAAGAGAGAUUCGGCGGGACGUGGCUGAGCUGACAGAACUUCCCGCGGAAACUGAAUUGCUUGCCGCGGGCUUUCCGUGCGAGGAUGUGAGCAUAAUGAACCCUAACCGACCAGGACUCCAGGGCAGCCGCACUGCACUAUGCUCUCAUAUAUUUCGCUUACUUCGCAAAAAUCGCGCGCCUUGGGUACUCCUGGAAAAUGUUCCAGGCUUGCAGAUGUGGCAUCUUACCGUUGAUCCGCCUCAAGAGCCUGCCAUUGCACAUAUUGUACACGAACUAGAAAGUUUAGGUUACAGCUGGGCUCAUCGCAUUAUCAGUUUAUCUGCUUUCGGUUUACCGCAGCGUCGUCAUCGCGUAUUUAUUGUUGCUACUCUUCAUGGUGAUCCUCGAGAUGUGCUUCUUUCGACAGAGAGUAUUUGUAAGGGCCAGUGUAUUAAUCUGAGCAAAGCGGAAAGCAAAGAGAAAUCGCCAGCUGAGUGUUAUGAGUGCUUUAUGACACCUCCGCACGUCACACCUACGAUUUCAGUCACCUGUGUCGACCUUGCUGAGAAACGGUACGGUCCAGUUGCGCAUGAAAUUUGCACACUCACUGCAUCCAAUGGGAGGCGUCUGUGUAUGGUUGAAGAUCUUGGUGAUGGUAGAGGUCAUGCGUUCAGGCUCGAGAUUGAAGAUGCAGAACGUUUAAAUGGCUUCCCGGUAGGAUGGACAGAGACUUGUUUCCCACUAAUGAUACCUGGUCGUCCAUGGAUGAAAGCAGUUGAUAGCCAUCGGAGCUGUAUCAAACGUAUUGAGUUACUUGGUCGCGCGGUGGCAAUACCACAGGCUCGAUGGAUAGGGCAACGACUUAUGAGCCCUUAUGAAAUCAAAUUCUCCCGAGAAAGCGACGGCAUCAAUUUUUCUGAACCAGUUCCUGGUCUUUCAAGCAUUACGAGAGAAGAUUCCGGAACAGAAGCUAAACUUCGCGCAUGGCCUUUGGCUGCAUGGAAUAUUCUUUCUAGUCCAGAAAACAUUCAGUUGUGUUCAAAAUAUGACCAAGCCGCUUCAUUGUGGCGCAGUAGACGAGGCCUUAAACGCAUGUCAAAUACGCCAGAGAUUUUUUCUUUCAUACCGUUGGGCGAGUUUUUGUCUUCUCAACGUCGAAAUAUUGACGCGGAAAAACUCUUAGACUUUAAAGUGCGUGCUGAAAAAAGCAACAUAGAACUUAUGCCAUUCAUCUCCGCAGCGUUUGGGAUGCAGCCGCGUGGGAAGCGAAAGGGUAAACAAAGUGAGCAAGUAAAAACGAAAUUAGAUACCGAGCGAGCUGGAGGUGAAUGCGCUGGAGAGCUAGUCUGGAUAUCAACAAAAGUAAGUAAGAGAGAAUGCUUUUGGCCUGGAAUCGCUCUACAUCUUGAUAGAGAUCGAGAUGUCAUCCCAAGCUAUGCAAUAGAAAAGAUCAAACCUAAUCAGUCGUCUAGUUUGCACAGGAUGGUUGUUUAUUUCGCGGAGGAGUCUUAUGAAUGGUUGAGGUCAGAUCGUAUGCUUCCCUUCCGUGAGCACUUUGACGAGUUUGAAGGGCAGCCCUUGCUGGUAUCGAGAGCAAAAUAUCAAAGGGCAGUCGAGUUGGCUUUGGAGUGGCAGAUGCAUCAAGACAGUAGUGUCGAAAAACUCUAUGAUGUGCACCUACGCGAGGCGCGUGCGAAGGAGGUGGAAAAACUUCACCAAAAAAUUGGAAACCUGAGCGACACCCCUAAUAUAAGUUGUGGUAUUUGUAUCAUCUGCCAGUCAAGAAAGAAUGACUUAGAUGUGACUCCAUCGAGCAAGAGUAGCAACCUGAGAGCAAGUACACGACAAAGGAGAACGUCCCCCUUGAAGGGGGUACAAGCAGGGCAGAGCUGUCCUCAACUUCGGAUACUGGCAGCAGCGAGGAAAGGAUUGGUUAGUGCUCAACUUGCUUUGCUGCGAGAGCAAGCUGUGGGUCGACGCGUUGAAAUAUAUUGGCAUGCUGAUAAAAAGUUUUAUCCCGCGACGAUUACUGCUUUCGACGAUCAACACUACUCACAUCGAAUAGAGCACGAUGAUGGAGAUAUAGAACCCGCAGCAAAGCUAUGGGAGAUGCGUGUCAAUCUUCUCGUAGAUAAUUCCGGUGUAUGA